UUCGAAUGAGCUAAAGCUGAAAGCUAAAUUGAAUGAAGCAGAUGAAUUGCUUAAGUCUGCUAAAGCAGAUGAAAAGAAAAUAGAAGACGAUGAAGAAUUUACCCAGCAAAAUCAAGAAAGAUUAAACAUUAAGGGUGCUAAAAUUGAUAAAAUGGAACGAGAAAAGAAUCAAUCUGGACUAUUAAAUAAAAUGGUUGAUGCUGGUAAAAAUUGUAAAGACUAUAUUAGUGAUACAUUCAAGAAGUGCUAUAAUUAUUUUGAGAAAACUUUCAGCAGAGAAACCCUCUUUAUGGGGAUGAAACAAAGAACUCGUCACAGGAUGCCAAAAAAGGAAGAAGAUCCGAACGUGUCUUCAAAUGAUGAACCAAAUCUUAAUGAAGAAACUAGAUCUAAUGAUAUUCCUAGAAAUACAGGCCAGUCUGAAAGCAACGAUUAUGUCAAUUACGGCCCUCAGAAUCAUUCCAAAAGUUUUAGAAACGUAGUUAUCGGUACAACAAUUGCUGGGGCUGCUGUUGGUGCCGGUGUUGGAUAUGCAGUCGCAGGGCGCGCAGGCGCCCUUGUUGGGGGCGUAGUUGGUGCUGUAACAGGUGCUGUGGUCGGAUCCGUUAUUUAUGCUUCUCAUGUUGUUGUUAAAACUUGUGAAGCUGUUAUUUCUGCAUGUAAAGCAAUAGAAGUUGUUUGUCAUGUCAUUGUUUCUGGGAUUAAUGAAGUUAAAAAAGCAGCUUCUAAUUAUUGUAAUAAAGCCAAGGAAGGAGUUAAGGGUGCUUGGAAGUGGAUGAAAGGAUGGUUUUAA